AUGUCCGACUUCUUCAAAUAUAUCUUUGGUAGAGUAGCUAAGUGUUCUGCAUUCAGUGAGGAUUCUGAGGACUUGUGUUCUGUAAUUAUAAAGAUGAAGGUUUUUUUCAUGCUCGUUUUUACAAGCCAACUCUUCACAUCUCAGGGGCAAGACUGUCCGAGUGGAGAGGAAGUGCUGAAUGCUCUUCAUCAGGUCCAAAAGCUCCUCUCUGCCCAUGAGACGUCCUUCCUUCAGAGUCUACGGAGCCUGCGCAAGAAGCUCAGCCUUUUACAGAACAGCACAGUAAAACACAGCAAGCCCAACACAGACAAGGGCACAGUGUCAGACUGUCCUCCACCUGAAGCGCUGGCUAAUGGGCGGAUCCUCGGGACUGUGUUUAAGUUUGGUCACGAGGUCCACUUCCUGUGCAGCUCUGGGUUUCAGCUGACGGGGCCAGAGACCAGAGUCUGUCUGGACUCCCAGAACUGGAGCGGAGCUCAACCGUCCUGCAAGUUUGUGGACACUACUGUAAACAAUGAUGCGUCCUCAUCCUCACCGUCUCAUCCUGCUGCCUCCGUCUCCACCCAUGUGAGAGCGUCCCGCUGCAUUGAGUUUCUGGACUCCACCCACUGCACCUGUGAGCAGGGCUACAGCAUCUCCAGCCACAACAGCACACUGUGCACAGACAUUGACGAAUGCGAGCUCUUCCGUCUAACUCGUCCUGGCCGUCUGUGUCUGCACACCUGUGUGAAUACGGCUGGAAGUUUCCACUGCGAGUGUCCCGCCGGUUACAGCCUGGGUCGUGAUAGCAGGAGCUGCCACGACAUUGACGAGUGUGCGAGGGCGACCCAUAACUGCAGUAGUGAGCAGGUGUGCGUGAAUACAUUCGGAGGUCAUCGCUGUGUGGAUGUGGACUGCCCUCGCAUCGGUAACGCCAACUACAUCAAAACCUCAGCGCUGCGAUGCGACCGUAACCCUUGCAUCCAAGGAGACAAAGCAUGUUUCCAGGCCCCGGUCUUCAUUAACUUCCACUUCAUGUCCGUGGUGUCCAAUAUGUCCACACCCACCGUGCUCUUCCGGUUGUCUGCGGCUCGCAUCCUGGGCGACACGCUGCGCUUCGGCCUGCUGGGGACCCGGGGAGUCCAGCACUUCAGCGUCCAGCGCUCGGACCGACUGACGGGGGAGCUGGUGCUGGUGAACUCUCUUCAGGGUCCCGACGCUCUAGAGGUCGAGAUAGAAAUGAGCGAGAUGGAAAGAAGGGUGCUGCUCGGGAGAUACAUCACCAAAGUCACUCUCUUUGUAUCACCGUAUAACUUCUGAGAAGCAGAAGACAGACGAUGGACUGAUAAUGGGAAAUAAUUUACAGGCGAGAUAUUGGGAAAAGGGCCUGUGGAGGAGAGAUAGGGGCGCAAUUAUACGAUUUCUGAGGUGCCAAUUUAUGCGGACAAAAGACAACUUUUUCAUGUAAGGUUCCUCAGAAUGAGGAAAAACCAUUAUUUUUUUUUCCCUUUCAGGCUAAAGUGUUUAAACAUGUUGUAGUUAUUAACAGUAUGACAGGUAAUUCUCAUUUAAAAGACAUUCUGGGACAAAUAAGGAUUGUCAAAGACAAAGAAAGAAAAUCUUUUAAAAUGUAGUUUGAAAUGUGUCAGCUUUUUUAA